GCCACCAUUGUACAUGCCCUUACGCGGUCAAAACUCCGCACAAACUUUCUGCCCCUGGUGAUCAGAGGGCCCAUAAUUCAUGCAAGAAAAGAACCUUUGUGCUUGGUUCCAAGUUUGGAGAAGCGGCAAAGUACACCUCGAGCUCUGAGAGGUUUCAUAGAGAUAGGGGACCCUCCUUUCCUUCUACAGGGUAAAGAGAGGGGGAAAAUUAGGCUCCCACCAGGAGAUGUCCGGCAGCUGCGCUUGGCAUGCGCCAAUAUUUUGAACUCAUGCAGUUAAAGCACCCUGCACCAUGUUAGAUUACUGUAAAGGAAAAGAUAACCACUGACCGUUUAUACUGUCGCCUCUCACUCACGCGUCAUGAAUUUUCAGGUAUAAUUAUGUCACAGGAUGUCACUAUGGCGGUAAAGUUUCAGAAAAACUAUUGUCGGUAAGAGUAUGGAUUUUCUUGUGGUGGUGGCGCAUCGUUUCUAUAAUGUUUCCAGGUUCCUAAGAAUGUGUAGUGGACAGCAUGAACCUUUUUCAAGUUCCAACCACCAGCAACCACGUAACACUGCUACAGGAAUAUCAAUUGUCUUUAGACCUGCAAUUCAGGGGGUUAACUGUUGCAGUUGUUAACUUUGUACGGCGAUAUUUUUUCAUAUAGAUGUUCAAUGUAUGGUGUUAGUAGGGGUGUUAGGCACUUGAUACGACACCUAACCUAGUUGGCAUCCCUAUCUAAUCAGCUCUCUCACCUGCAAAAGAAUACAGGAAUAGAGAUUAUCAUAUGGUGUUAGGUUACAUUAAAUAAUGCCAAUGAGUUAAUAUUGGGGGCAGAUGUCAUUCCCAUGAUACCUUUAAGCAAUUUGUGGAACCUUGCUUAGUGCUCUAGCUGGUGCCAGGAGUACUAGCAGAUAUAAAGAAGGGUCCAGAAACAUAUCAUAAAAUACUUCUAACAUGUAGCAAAUGGCAACUUGACUAUAAUUUGUGCACAGAAAUGUUUACUUUUUAACAGGCAAUAAUACCUCUUUGUUUGACGAAAUUUGAGGAAGGUUCUUUUGCCUCGGGUUUUCUUCAGAGGCAAUCUAUCACCACUGAUGCUAAAGAUCUGCAUAUAAAGAACUAUAAUUUGUGCACAGAAAUGUUUACUUUUUACCAGGCACCACUGCCUCUUUGUUUGACGAAAUUCAAGGUCUGUCCAGGUUCUUUUGCCUCAGGGUUUCUUCAGAGGCAAGUUAUCACCACUAAUGUCAAAGAUCUGCAUAUAUGAAAAAAGUACUCCAGUGAGUAACUUUCAAAUAAAGAGGUGUUUUUAGCCUAAGUCAGAAGAAUGAACAUGCUGAUCAAGCCAGACACCUAAAACAAGAUCACCUUAGAACAAGAGAACCCUAGAACCAGAUAAGACAGAUAUUAUUAAUGCACCACAAAGGCCUCGAUGAGCGGUAAUGCACGCUCGGGGCUGCACGCCCACUAAUCAAUAAUUACACCAGAGAGGCAAAGUUGACACUGGGGUCAAAGGAAAGGAGCUGAUGCAAAGCGCAGGAGAGACGAAGACAAAGGACACAUACAACAUCUAGCCGCGCACGCGCAGCUUGGACAGGAAACUUAAACAAGGGGCCUGAUCUCUUGCCACUGAUGUCACCCUCACACUUUCAUAGGUUGACAUGGAGAUGAAAUAAACAAACAACAGGUUGCUCCAUAUUUUCAGGGCAUGCGGCCUUCCCCCUCUGAAUUUAUAAACCGCAAGCUUUGGGCGUGAAUUGGUCAAGCAUCAACAAUAUAUUCCUGUAGCUUGGAAGCAAAUCCACGCCACAGAAACUUUGCAUACUUCAACGUGUCUUGCUGAAAUCAUAUUGUUUCACGCGGUAAUUUACCUCAAGAUAGAAUUGUGGCCUUUGAAUCUGAACACAUUCCUACACUUGCUUGCUCGAAAGAAUACGAAACUCAACAAUAAAACCAUCCCAGUUCGCAUGCUAACCAAGUGGUUUGGGGCUCCUGCAUAUCAGCAGGCGCGAUGCAGUUUGCGAGUCACUUAUUGGUAAAAGUGCCACCUUGUUGGCCUAGCACUUAAUGGCUAGCUGGUAAUCCUACACAUCAAACAAACAAAUAGGUUAAGUCAUGGAAAGAGGAGAAACAUGCAAAGGAACAGGUGAAAUAACCUAAUCACCUAAUGCACUGCAGGGACAAAUAGAGCAAUAAUAGAGAAUGACAGUAACUAGUGCACUACAGUACUGCAUUACGUGUAGCCGUGACAGGGGGGGCUAGGAUGCAAACAAGAGGCAGAUCAUAGGGGAAAGGGUAGGUCCCUCAAAAGGAGUAUGAGCCAAUUUACAAAACCUCUUCAGCUACAGGCAUUCGGCUUUAAAGCUUGAUCAAGCUCCUUCCACUUCCUUCCUAAAACACAACCACCAUCUCUGCCAAAACCAAACCAAACCCAAAGACCAACUCACCAGAAACACAAGGCCAGGCACCAACAAUGGCAAGACAUGGCCCCCAAAUCCAUGACCAACCACUCCAGGAAGAGGACUACAUAGACAUGGAGCUGAGCUCACCUGCAGCUGCAAAGGUGGUCACCAAUACAGCAAGCUUGCUUUGCUACACCACAGCCAUGGCAGCCUCCCCCCAGCAGUCGAGGGAGUUUGAGUUCCACAUGUCAGCUCCCGUUGACCACUGGGAGCCCAUAGCAUCGCCAGCAGAUGAGCUCUUCUACAAGGGCAAGCUGCUACCGCUCCACCUUCCACCACGCAUCCAAAUGGUUGAAAGGCUCCUCGAGAUCGCGGCUGACAAGGGCCUCCUCUCCGCGAGCACUGCCCCGGCGACACCAUACCAGUCGUGCCACGUUUCACCAGCAAAUUCAUGUUAUGCAAGUGGUGAGCUCAAUGCAGAGCAGUACUUCAGCGAGUGCGCAUCCGCCAGUAUUGCUGCUGCUGAGGUGGAAGCAGCAUGCGAAAAGAAGCCAUGGUCCAAGAAGCUCAAGUUCAUCAAGAAUCUCAACCUUGGUCUCAAGCUCAAGGCAUCAAAGGCUUACCUCAAGACAAUAUUUGCCACUAAAGCAGGGGAUCCAGAUGACAAGGGUGGUGCACCAAGAGCAAAUGAGUUCUCCACCGCCCAGGUUAAGAGUUGGAGGAAGAACCCAUUUGGCCAGAUCAGAAGCAACAGGUACACAACCUCGCCCAUCAGCAACAGUGCCACACUGGGAGGGAAGCUUAAAGAAGAUGAGUACGGCCAUAGAAGGUCAUUCUCUAGUGUCAUUAUCCGAUAUUCGUCAUCAAACAAGACAUCAUCUGCCUCAUCAUCGUCAUGCUCUUCGUCAAAUUCAUCAUCCUACAUCCCAAGCUCAAAUGACUCUGGUUUGGGGCCAGUGCUCAGGAGGAGCAGCAGUGCCAGCUCAGAGAUGGAUAAUCCAAUCCAGGGUGCAAUAGCAUACUGCAAGAAGUCGCAGCAACUGGCCUCAGUGAGGAAGAGUGCAAGCGAUGCAGGUUUCCGGUUCAUGUCAUCAUCAGUGUCAAAGAUAGCUGCAGAAUCUGAAGAUGCAGAAGACAUUUUUGAGAUUUGCAGACAACGGUAGUAUAGAUGGUACAAAAUUUCAACACCCUGAUGAUUUUGUACACAUUUGUAUUUUGGUCAUAUGUUUCCUAAAGACAUGCUAUCCCCUUAAAAACUUGGCUAUGUAAGUAACUUCCUUCUACGAAUGAACAGUUUCAGUAUGUUUCAUGUAGUAUUUUAGCACUUGACAUGGUUGUGGAAGUACCAAAGUGCAGAUAGAAUCCCACCAAAAAACUAAAUCUAGGCAAACCUUUCUCUGAUCAGUACCCAUAUUACAGACGCACAUGUAGCAAGUCCAUACCUGAAAAGAGA